UUGGAAGAAAAAAUGAAGCGCGACAAUGCCAGACUUUAUGCCAAACGUUUCACGACCACAUCUUCAAUUAUUGGGAAGAAUUCCGCAAUUUUUUGUAGUGAUAGUUUGUUCUCGAGGCACUCUAAUCCUCAAAAGAUCUACGUCUUUUUCAUUGAAGGUGAUAACUUUGUUGGAAGGAGAACAAAAUUUUUUUACAAGUUCUCCCGCAAGUGGCCGGCUGCGUCAGCUUGGACCACAGUCAGAACAGACGGCAGACGGGAAGGGGCCAAUGAGCCUACAUCAACUGCAUUCAUCAAGGGUAUUCGGAUGACUAUCAAUGGUUCGUCCAUUGAUUCGUUGACGACCAAAGGGAGCGAGCAUGAUGAUGAGAUCGCGUUUGCCCGGUUGCAAAUUUUCAACACAUUUUUAGCUUUGCCUUUUACAUCCGGGAUAAGUUAUGAAGAUUUUAUGAAUGGAUGUUACGUUUGGUGUGCGGAUAUAAGUACCAGUCUCGAGAGCAAUUUUGACUACCUAAUUCCAACAGUCUUAGAUGGUAUGACACGGUUAGAGGUUGAAUUCUCAGCUCCACUCGGUAAGUUGAUUUUACGGUACACACAUACGGACGUACGUGCACAUCCCUUGCAACAGUCAUCGCUUCUAAUCCACGUGGUCUCUCUCUCUCAUUUUCUCUCCAGGUGUAGAGCUAGUUAUGCUCACCAUUGGUCAACACCCCGGCCUUAUCGAGAUUGGACGUGAUCGAUCCAUUUCGUU